AUGUCGAAGGGACCAGGACAUGUCUCGAAUCGCCUAGGCUUGAAUUAUGGAAAUAAAGCAAGGAAAGUGAUUAAAUCUCCGUUACCGCCUAUUCAUAAGAUGCAAGAUAAGACCAAGGAGUUGGAACGACGUCUAGAGGAGCCGUACAAUCAAAAUGGGAAGAUUCAAGAUAAGGUCAAGGAUUUGGAACGGCGCAUAGAGGAACAAUACGAUCAAGAUGGGAAGAUUCAAGAUAAGACCAAGGAGUUGGAACGACUUCUAGAGAAGCAACACAAUCAAAAUGAGAAGAUGCGAGAUGAGAUGAAGGAUUUGGAACGUUCUUUAGAGGAGCAAAACGAUCGAAAUGAGAAGAUGCAAGAUAAGAUGAAGGAUUUGGAACGCUUUUUAGAGGAACAAAACGAUCGUAAUGAGACGAUACAGAAGACCCGAGAUCAGAAAUUCCAGUACUACAAUGGUCAAAUAGAGAAGCUGGAUGAAUCGGUCCAAAAAUUGACCAAUUGGACAUCACAGUUAAAGGAUUGUAUUGCGGAAGAUAUUCAGAGGCAGUAUCGAGAACGAGAGGCCCAGAACAAAAUGCAGGAUGUCCAGCAGGCAAUGCAAAAGAUCCUUGCCACUAUCAUGGAACAGCAGCAUAAGCAUAUAUCGGACAUGAUUGAAUUUCAAACUCAGCUACCAGAUAUGAUACGAGGAGAAAUAUCUCUUCAACAAGCAUCGAGUCUGGAACCACUACUCGGCAAAGACCCAGAUGUAGACGCCAAAUCCACACAGUAUGAACAGGACGAUGCGACAUAUACCAAGAAGACUAAGACAAGGACAAAAGCAAGAUUCAAGAGAGAGGAUGAAGAUAGAAGUGAUGAAUCUGAUAGAUCAUCAAGAGAGGAUUUGCAGAUAAAGAUGGCAGACUUGCUCGCGCAAAUUCAAUCACUGACUGCGCAUGUUAGAUAUCGACGUGAUCUUUAUGCACAAAAAAUUCGAUCAGAUUUAGUAAGUCAAUCUCUUGGACAGCAAUCUGAUCAAUUAUCACAAGAUCAAGGUAUGCCUAGUGAUAUGACGAGAAGGAGGCGAGGCAAAGCGAAGCGAAGCAAGGUCAGAGUAUUCAACACUCUGCACACUAGAAAGACCUUAAUUUACGGUUACUAG